AUCAGUUAAGAGGAAACCAGCUCGUGCGACAGGUUUCCGUUUUCCAGACAUCCUCUGUUGGGUGCGAUCUCCUGGUCUCUUUAAAACCAAUUGUCGCCGAUCCACAAUGGCACUGAAACAAAAGUGGAAAUGCCAUAGGAGUGUUCCUUACAAGUUAUUCAUCUGUGAUUAGUGGAGCACCGUGAGUGCUCCACUAAAUGUUCCUGAUUUUAGAAGAUCCACUCAAAAAUUAUAUCUUCUAAAGAACUUGCAUACUGAACUUCUAGUGAGAUCAGUCAGUCAUUAAUGAUACCUCUACAGCCUCUUGUAUUGGACUUCCAGCAAGUGUUCUUUGUGUUAGACUUUACAAGAACCAUCACAGAUUCAGUCUUGUCUGCAGUCAUGCUUGUUUUGUUACCAACAAAUUUGCAGCAGGAAACCAAACUACAGGUUUUGCUCAUGGACUUUGUUGCGCGUCAACAGGAUUUUUCCUUUUCUGUAUUACCAUUGCUCAAUUUCCUUUUACAUUUUGAAAGACAACAGCGUUUGUGUUGAUUCAUAUACAGCAUUAUUACUAGUAGAAAGUGGAACUGUAGUACAGUUGGAAAGUGACCAAGUCUACUUUGACAACGGAACUUUUUGUUGAUACUUAUAUUUCUCCAAAUAAUACUUUAUCGUACUAAAAACACUGAAAUUAAAUCAUCAUUUAGUUUGAAGAUUAGCAGAGAUUUCUCUUGUGAACUUUAUUCAUAUUUUACACUUAUUUUGCCUUCAGUAUUCUUGAAACCUGCAAAUCAUUCCGCUAUUGGCACUUGCGGGAAGAAGAGAAGUCACUUGUUCUACCACAAGCGUUUUGUAAAGGGUAAAAUAUCUUGGUUGCGGCAUCUGUUCUACCCACAUUUCAACCCAUUUUCUGGAAAGCCAAGUUGCUAAGUGAACACACAAACAUAUGCUGAAAACUUUUUAAUCUUUGAGCUCAAGAUCUGAUUGAAUCCGUCACCUGCUUAGCCUGCUCUCUGCAUCUUAAUUCUCCUGCAGAAUAUGUAGAAUUGCAGUUUGGAAACAGGUGCUUGGUGUACACUCCUGAUUCACGUCCUGUUGCUCUGCUAACUAAAAAGAAUAUUUCUGACCUUGAAAUACUGUUCUUCUAAUUAUGACCAAGUUCAUUAUUCAACUUGAAGCAGGACCUCAUUAUUGAUGUAAUCCUGAACAUUGAAGAAACAUUUUGAAAAUAUACUGUCUUCUUCUGGAGUUAGGAACCUGGAGACAGCUCUAGUUCCCCCCCAUUCAAGUACUGGUUUAUGUUUGAGAGUUACACCAUCCUACACCAAAUUUGCUGUAAGAGGUGUCCACUCUUCUGAAAAUGCAAGAACAGAUAGAUCUGUUGACAGUAACUAUUGAUCCAGUCUAAGGCUGGUUCUUGAUUGUGAUGGAAUACUCCGUAACCGAUCUCAGUAUGAAAGAUGAAUGGGAUUUCAUUCACUCCUAUCUUUAUGAUUGUCUAGAGAUAGGAGAGCUCUAUUCAUUAUGUGGUGAUCGUGUGGUGCAGAUGACCAAGACCUACAAUGACAUUGAUGCAGUUACUAAACUACUGGAAGAGAAAGAGAAGGAUUUGGAGCUUGCAGCGAAGAUUGGCCAAUCUCUCCUUCAACAGAACAAGCAACUUGAGGGUCGUAUUGAAUUAACAGAAGAGCAACUCACGAUCAUCGCUGAUCAAAAUACCCAAUUCCGACAUGACUUGAAAUUGAAAGAUGAACUACUCAAUAUCUAUACCAAUGAUGUGGAUCAAAGUGACUCUGAAGAUGAAAGUAUAUGGAAUGAAAAGGGGAAGGGGAGUAUCCAAUCUAAAUACAUCAACAUUGACAACCUUCAGAAGAAGAUUAAGAAUCUUGAAGAGGAGAAUCUUCAUCUUAGGAUAGAGACUGCUGAGCUCCGUACCACAACCUCAAACAUUGAAGAGAAAGAAGAAGAACUUGUUAGAGAUUGCUUUAGACAGCUAAGGGAUUCCCGUGGGACUUGUGAGAUUCUUACAGAUGAGCUGAGUAAGAAAUUUGAAGAGAAUAUGAGACAACAAGAAGAGAUUACCUCCCUCUUAGCUCAACUUGUAGAUCUACAACAUAAGGUCAAAAAGUUAUCAGUUGAGAAUGAGGAGAUGAGCAGGCAUCUUACAGCUUCGAAAGAAGCACAGCAAGACCUAGUCAAAGAUUUGAUUGAGACAAAAGAGAAGUAUGAAGAAGUUUACACCAUGUUCCAAGAGGCACAGGAGACAGCAAAGAAAUCUAAUCGCAGUUCUAUGUCCCACGGCGGCAUCGGCUUUGGCACCUACUUAAACCCACUUCCAGUCUUCCCUGCCGAUUCCUUAGCAGCUGAGCUCGUGGAUUGUGUAGAGCAAAGAUUAGAGAAAGACCCUCACCUCUCAAAGAAAGGGAAAAGGGAAUACAACAAGAAUGUGAUGAAGACAGUGAAGGUUGUGAAUAAGAGAAGUCAUAAUAGUCCAGGCUCAGGUUACAGCAGUGAUUUCUAUAGCCGUCCAGUCUCUCCAUCUAGCUCAGUAAUAUCUCUGGUUGGGAGUGAGAUGUGUGAAGGUGACAGUGAGAGUAUCAACAGCUCACAUGGCUCCGGACUUCAUCCUCCCGUAUCCUGUAUCCCAGGAUCCAACGACCUUGCAACCGCUCUCAGACGUCUCAAACUAAGACGAGAGAAUGAGACUGCAGAGAAAGACUAUGCUGAGCUCCACAUGAAUUCACCUACCUGUCCUAGUCCUGAUAGUAUGUUGUCAGGAUUGUCUGGAUCAACUGUACCAAUAGGUGGAGCAGGAGGAGGCCAGUCAUUCAGGGCAUACAUGCCUGAGAAAUUACAGAUAGUCAAACCAAUGGAAGGAUCUAUGGCCCUACACCAUUGGCAGCGCCUUGCAACCCCUCACAUAGCCAGUAUGUUAGACUCAAGACCAGGAGUAGUCGUCAAAGGUUUCAGAGAGAUUGAUACCAGAAGAGAUAGUUUCUUGGAUGAGAUAGAGGAUGAUGGUUGUGUCCAGAGUGCUACGUACCCAAGUAAAGGUUUUGCUCAUACCAGUAGUACAUUCACAUAUACCACAAGUAGGUUAGGACAGACUGGUGACACCUUUAUGACCUCACGCAAUCCUGCUGGUACCAGGAUGACAAUAGACCUUCAAGAGACCUUCCCUGGUGUAUAUGAUCCUCCACCUGGUGCCUCUCUUGGUCUUGCUUCAGUCCUAGCAACCCCUCAGGUCACCAGUGGUUCAGCUGUCCGUCUCAAGGCAAGCCAGACUGGAGCGGUAGGUGGUGCCAAAUCAAAGCGGUCCUCCGUUGGUCUUAACUUUCUAUCCACCAGCCCUAACUCAGAGAAGAAAGCAGAGCUUGAUGUAGAAGCUCCAUCAGGAGUCCACAAGGUCUCUGGUCAGAUCUUCUCCAGGAAUGCUUCCCCUAUGAGCUCCAUCAGCAGCGGGAUCAAAAUCUUGGAUCCAGACACAAAGGCAAGACUGAUGGAAAAGGUGAAGAGCAUAAGAGCAGAGAAGGCAGCACAGAAGGCAACAAUGCAGCGUCAACUAUUGGUGACUACUAAUGCAGUAAUGCUUGCACCCUCCUUGGCUGUUAGUAUUCCUAGGACAACAGUGGGAUUGGGUGGAAUGAUGAUGUCUUCCAGCACCUCUGCAUCACCUAGAAUGUCUUCAUUCACCACUGGGUCUGAAGUGCCAUCAGCGAUUUCUGGCCUGAAUGCAACGUCAUCAAGUGCAACCCCAAGAAUUGCAGGAGGACCAUCUAUGAAUGUUGGUCUGAAUGAAAUGAUGAUGUCUUCAAGUUCAAUGCCUCGAAUGUCUUCUCAGGUUGGUGCACCUAAUGGGUUAUCUUCAUCCCUUGGUGGCAUGGUAAUGUCCUCAAGCACUACACCUAGGAUGUCAACAUUUAGCAAUGGGUCUGUUGCUAGUGGAGUUACACCAUCAGGUAGUUUGUCUUCAAUUUAUGGAACGUUGCCAGGUGCUCCAACAACAUCCAUCCCAUCAGGUGCAACUACUGUUGGUAGUUCACACCUAUCAAGCACACCAGUUUCAUUUCCUGGAGGACUUAUGUCACCUGGUUCCUCGUUCCCUCCCAUCCUUGGUCAGUCUAGAGGAUUAGCUAGUCCGAUGUCAAUCCUAGCAGCUAGCCGACCUGUUACUGCAACAACCUCAUCUACUGAGACUACCACAGCUGGUCUAGGACAAGCUCUAGAACCUUCUGGACUCGGCACAGUCUUGGGCCUCUUAGACAGUCCCAAAGCCAAGACAGUAAUCACAAAGACCAAGACUAAAGUAGGAAUGAAGAAGCUUUAGCAUCAGGAAUGGAUAUUCGACAAGAACAGAAAAUAAUUUGAGCUAUUAUGACCAAUUUUGUAUUAUCUUCAAUGAUGUGUCAAAGAUGAAAUGGAUAUUUUCACUUUCAGCUGUCAGAAUUGAUUGCAAUGGCAUUGUUGCCCUAAAAUCUGAAAUUGCUACUGACAAAGGAGGCAGUUUGGAAUUGUUUCAGCAAGUGUAGACCCGAAAGUAAACCACACAGUAGUCAUCAAUGAAAUAAACCUUUAUCAUGCAAUACAUAUUUUACAUUUUCUAGGAUUAUGUAGUCAUUCUGUUGUACAUUCUAAAUGCAAUGAGUACACUCCUGCAUAUAUUUCUAUAUAGUUAUUCAUGCCUCGCACACAAUGUAUAUCUCAGCCUUAUAUCCAUAGGUGAUUACUUAUCUCUUUAUUACUUGUUGAUGUUUUUAAUUGUCUUGCUUGGCUGAAAUUUAUUUAUUUCUUUGGUUUUAUUGCUUGACUCAUAUAUAUAUAUAUAUAUAUAAAUAUAUAUAUUGCUUUUAAACAAAAUGAAAAGCUAAUUUUAGAAAAUGUGAAAAUGAAAAUCAAACUACAUUUUAAACACAGUGCAGCUAUUUUUUUUGGUUUUACUUGUUGUAUAUUCUAUAAUUUUCCAAAAGUUUAAACAUAUUUUAAAGGUAUAACCUAGAUUAUCUUCUGUUGGAAGGGUUAAAAUGGGCAGAUAUUUUUAUUUAGUCCUUUUUAUUGAUUUACAGUACUGUGUAAUAAUAAGCAAUUACAGGUAAUUUUUUUUUUUACUUCUGUUUCUGUACGAUUAGUUUGAAUAGAAUCCCAUUUGAUAUUGAAUCUCUAGUUGAGUCUUUUAUGUCUAUGAACAAGAAAAAUAAAACUAGAGCAGGAGAGAUUGAGAUGACAUUUGUGGUUUACUUGGUGUCUAAUUCAGGUGAUACAUCAACCAAAAGAAAGAUGUAUCAUUCCAUGUAAGAUAUAGAGGAUUCAAUUGGUAAACAAAGUUAUAAUUCUAAUUGCUAGCAAUGUCUUCCUCUGAAUUUCCAAAGCAGUUUCUUUUCAAUAAUUUACUCUCUUUUGUGCUUUGUGAAUAAAUUUAUUUUAAUUGAUAUUUUACAGAGAAUUUUUUUUAACCAGUUCUUUGUUUUGACAGAUCCUUCUCUGUGUAAAUUUUCCUUUAUUUUAAAGUUUGAUAGUGCAAUACGUGUACAGCAGAUGAUGUUGAAUACCGGUAUAUCUGUUUUAGUUGAUUUGUGUUCAUUUACACAAAAACAAUAUUUUGAAUGAAAUAUUUUGUUGUUUUAAUUCAGUGUAUUUGCCUUAUGCCAGAUGAUUGCAGUUGUUUCUAUUUGUUUGAAUUUGUUUUAACAGCAACAUGUCGUUUAAGGUUAUUUAAACAACUCUUAUGAUAUGAUAUAUAUUUUGAACAUGUCUUUAAGUACUAUGUUAAUUUUGUCAAAACCUGAUGGUUGAAUAUUACUUAUUUUUAUAUAGUUAUUUUGAAGAUUUUGUUGUCAUGUUACUGUAUUAAACUAUGAAAGGGGGAAAAAGUUGAAAUAGUGAUAGUAUUAACUGGGAUGAUUAAAAUAAAGUUUGUACAGCUAAUGAAACUAAGUACAUUUCUUUGGGAAUGUAUGGUAUCAUUGUUUAUUGUGAAAGGAAAAAGGUGGUUUGAAAGAAAGUAGCGAAGCAAAGUUGGAUUGCAGAAUAAACCCUAUGAACCUCUGUUUGUAUGUUGACACAUCAUUGUGGUGUAUUUUCGUAUCAUCAGCCUUGUUUCAAAGCCUUUGCAAAUUGCUCUUUUCCUUUCUCUUUCCAGCUGUUUUUACUUUAUUAUUGUUCAUGCAUGUACCACAUACCCAAAACAGACCUUACCAAACUCGACUGCAAGGAAUAUGGCUCAAGUCCUUGCUUGACCACUAAUUUCUUUUCUCUUUGGUUGCUUAAAUUUGUCAACUUUCUGACAAUUCUCAAAGUCACUUGGGGGUGUGAUGCAGGUAUAAAAGAAUAUUUUCCUGGGAAUGUUCUAACAACUUUCUGAUAUUAGCUCAUCAGUUUCAUUAGCAAUGACCUCUUAAUUUGAAAUCUUCUCAGGCUAGGAUUACAACUGCAACUCAAAGAAUCAAACACUAUUCCAGAAAGAUAUUCAUGGUAAUAUAAAGUAUUUGUGACACAACUUGCAAUGUGGUUGAAAAGUGUGUACUAUUAUGUUUUGUAAAUUCUGUUUGUGGAAUAACAUUUGAUGAUAAAAGUCAAGUACUGUUGUGUAGAUUAGUGUUGUCUUGUUGAUAUGCAUGCCAUGUUAGUGACCACUUCCUCAUGAGUACUACUAUCGACUGAUCUCUAGAGCGUUUUACACCUACCCCUUUUUAUAAUUGAAGUCUUGUUCAGACAAGAUGUGAUGGAGUUCAGAAACAUUCUCCAUUGUUCAUUCAUGGCAAGAAAAACCUCACCAUGUAUGCUAAAACCAAUGUUGAUGAGCUUUGUUGCAUUAUGUCUCAACAAGCAUUUUAAAGGAAAUUUUAUUAUUCUUUAGAAUAUAGGAAUGGAUUAAAAAAAUCCCAUAAAUUUUGAGAUACUGAAUAGCUAGAUCCUCCAUGAAUCAUCAUAAAUACCUCCUUUGAAUGUUUCUCAAGUUUAAAAAUCAGUAUUUUAGCUAUGAUGAGGUCCUCAGGUAAACUGUAGAUAAUUUUUUUUUUUUUUUUGGGGGGGGGAAUAUGGGGUUAAAAACUUUGUCAAAAAUCUAAAACAAUUUUGUGUUACACUCUGUUUUUACGAGAACUUAGAAUAAGUCUUGGAAGAAAAACAAUAAACAGCAAUCACAAUUUGAAUAUGAGUUCUUAACCCAUUGGAGAUAAAGACUGCAUAUAUGUGGGUUUGAUUCUAUUGAAAAAACAUGUAUUAUAGCAAAAUUAUUCAGUCUACAUUGGUUAUACAUGUAAUUAUUAGAGUUUGCAGUUUCCAGACAUACAUAUUUGUAUUAACAUCAGAAUUUUUAUGAAUGUGAAUUCAAUCAGUAAUUCAUUUGUUCAGAACUGUCAGUGACGUUUUGUUUUCAUAAAUUCUUUCAAUAAUUUCAUAUUCCUGUUAUAUGCAUAUCAUGUUUGUGUCAAAUUUGUUUAUAUGUAUAUUCAACAUCAUUGAUUUAAAUAAUUAUGCAAGAAUGUAAUUAAAUUAUUUUUAUAUUUUUGAUGUAAUGAAUAUUUUGCACAGAUUAAGUUGUGAUACACUUUUGCUUACAAAUUUUGAGAAAUAGUAAGAAAGAUGUUGAUGCUGUGGACAGUAUGAAUGGAGGAAAUUAAUUGAGUUAUUGUCACCAUUGCUUUAGUCUAAAAUUCAGAACUACCAUAUUUGUAGGCAUGUAAUUGACAAAAGCUAUAAUCCAUCAUGAAUUUUCAUGAAAACCCAACACUUGCACUCUUGGUAAUGUAACGCAAGAAAUUAUUCUUUAUUGCCUUAUUUGAUUGUAUAUGGUUAAUGUGCUGUGCAAUGCAAUAUAACACAUGUAGAUAUUUUACCCUAUUUAAAAUUAGAAUAUCUCUAUGAAUGUACACUUCUCAUGUCAAAUUUUAGUGAUACUUGACAUUCUGUGUGAAAAGAAUUACUGAUCCACAGUACUCAUCCAGUACAAGGCCUGAUAUUUAUGAGACUAUUAUAUAUCCUGGAGUUACCACAUUUAAAUUGCCAUCAAUUGCAUUUCAAGACUUUUUUCAGUUGAUGAGUAUACAGUUUAUUAAUUAAUUAAGCAGAAAAUUUCAAUUUACAUUAGCAGUUAUUAGAAUUUGUAAUUAUUAAUCAACAUAUUAAAUGCUGGUUUUGAUACUUUUUUUUGGCUAGUAAUAUGUAAUACAGUAAAUCAUUGAAGAUGUAUAGAUAUGAAUGAAGUGUGUGAUAUGUGUACAUGACUUCAUGUAAUCAUAUGAUAUCAAAUUACAGUACAUGUGAUGCUGUAAGGAUUAUACAAGUCAAAGAGUUUUAGCUGUGUGAAUCUGGAAGUUGUUGAAUGGUUAAUCUAAUUUUCUAAAUAAUAUUUUAUUAGCGAAAUAAAAGAGACAAUUAUGAACUUCAUGACACACUACAUUUUCCCUCUAUCCCUAUAAAUAUUCAAACGACGUAGAGAUAACUACUAAAUACUGAUCCUUUGUGGUUUUAAUAUUGUUUUUGAGAUAUUUUGUAAGUUGACUGUUGUGUGUAUGACAUUUAACAGUCACAAAUACACAGGGAAACCUUCUUGAAAAAUUUGUUAAAGAUUGUUUAUAAAGUACAUGUAGAUGGUGCAAAUACUCUAUUUCUAAGCAAUAAUG